AUGAGUUCUUCACCACAGUCGGCUGAGACUCUAGCUUCUGGUACUGCUACCACAAAUGUUCUUACACUUGCAGCUACCAUUGCUUCAGGAGUGAUUGACUCUACUCACCCUUACUAUCUUCACCCUUAUGACUAUCCAGGGAUGAACCUUGUAUCCUCAGCCUUUGAUGGAAAAGGAUAUGGAGGUUGGAGAAGGGAAGUUAUCAUUGUCUUGUCUGCAAAGAACAAACUGGGAUUUAUCGAUGGUUCUAUAGCUGAGAGUGUUCUCUAUUCACAGAGUGCAAAGGAUCUAUGGAGUGACCUGGAAGAUAGAUUUGGUCAGGCAAAUGGAGCAAAGUUGUUCCAAUUACAAAAGGAAUUAAGUUCAUGUGAGUGUGGGGCAAAAGUCAAGAGCUUGAAGGCACAUCAAGAUGAGAGACUACUGCAGUUCCUAAUGGGACUGAAUGACAUAUUUAUUGGGGUAAGGAGCAACAUUUUAUUGUCAUCACCUUUACCUUCCAUUGGACAUGCAUACUCCCUUGUGAUUCAAGAUGAAAAACAAAGGGAGAUAUAUGCUACCCAUGCAUACCCAGGGGAAUCUGCCUCAUUCAUUGCUACAAAUCAAUCAGGAAACUUCAGGAAAUUUAAUGAAAACAAGAUGCAGAAAACAAGUUUUGAAUCUAAGAGAAAUACAGAAAUUUGUUCCUAUUGCAAGAAGCCUGGACAUAGCAUAGACAAGUGCUAUAUGAUUCAUGGGUUUCCAGCUGACUUCAAGUUCACAAGGCAGAAAAGGUUUCAGGUAGGUACCCAGGCAAACAAUGCUUUCCUCUCAAAUGAGAAUAGUGAACAAGGAGCAGAAAAUACUACAGGAGUUCAAAAUCUCACCAAGGAAAAUGUGGCUGAGCUGCUGCAGCUUCUUCAGCAGAUAAAAAUGGGACAAAACAGUGUAGGAACCUCUGAUGCUGCAACAAAUGUGAGUUGUGCUGGUAUGACCAAUUUCUUUGAAGAUAUUACAUGUUUAAAUCAAAUAAGUGAUGAGUCUUGGAUAUUGGAUAGUGGAGCAACAGAACAUAUGUCUUUCAACAAAGAAUUUUUCAUAAAUUUGAAAACCUUGCCAAAACCUCUCAUGGUUAAACUCCCUAACUCUUACAGAGUUAAAACCACUCAUUCAGGAACUGUAACCCUUUUGCCUAAUCUGUUUCUGCAAAAUGUGUAA